CCCACCAUUACUUCCUAUUCAACAAGCUAAGCUAAAGUUAUAUACCAAUUAAAAGCAAGCAUGAAUCGUGCGAUGGCUUGGGUGAUCUUGAUGGCGGCGGUGCUGGGCGCACUGCGGCUUGGCCAAGCCAUGGACUGCCACCAGGCGGAAUCAUACAUUUCCGAUUGCCUCCCCUACCUCCAAGGGGACACCCCUCGUCCUUCAAUGCCCUGCUGUGACUCAUUCAGAGACCUGCUCAGGCAAACUCCGACGGAGCAGCGGACCGCCUGCGAGUGUUACAAGGCCACCGCCGCUAGCCCCGACAUCAAGCCCGACAUUGCCUACUAUUUUCCCAGGAAUUGUGGUCUUGGCAGCAGGUUUACCAUCAGCCGCGACAGCGACUGUCAAAGCGUCCUUUGAAGUUGAGGACUAGCUAUACCGGCCGGACGGUAUACUCCGAUCCGAUAGAGGGGAAGCUUUGGAUAGCCGCCGCUUGAAAUAAUAUGUUUUGUGUUUACAAUAAAGAUUGAAGUGUCACUUUUGUUACAUAAUGUGUAAAAGCUUAUAUGAUGUUUCAAAUCUAUGAAUAAAAUUAUCCGAUAUGAGGUUGUUAAUUUUAAAA